CGGUCAAUCGAAUAAAAGCGUUCGCUUCACGCGCAGAGCAAUUCAGUCGCAGAAGAGAGUUUCCCGUAUCGGUAUCCCGUACCCUACACAGCCAGACCAAUCGGAUUCGAUUGAACAGAGAAGUACAGAGUGUGAAGCUAGUGCAAUAAAAAAAUCGCAAGCAGUGUGAGUUCGUGCAGCGAAAAAGAAGGAAAGUGUGACCUUGCCCCUUGACAAACAGUAGCACACUUCUGAUAGCAUCGAUUUGAAACCUUGAGGUUGUGAGUUUCGGUGAAAGUGAGAGCUCCGUUCGUUCGAAACGGAAAGUGAUUGAUUUUUGACAGCCCUCAAUCGACGUCGUGUGAUUGUUGUUAUCAGCACUGUCAGGGUGCCUGUAUUUCGCUACUAAAAAAACAACAACAAAAGCCCCCCGGUGAAAAUGGCCGACAGUGCAAACAAGCGCAACAUUCCGAUCAAGCUCGGAGACUUCAGCGUGAUCGAUACGGAGUUCGCCAGCAUCCGCGAGCGGUUCGACUCCGAGAUGCGAAAGAUGGAGGAGGAGAUGUCCAAAUUUAGAUCGGAACUGAUGAACCGCGAGUCCAACUUCUUCGAGACGACCUCGAGUUUUUCCACCAAAAAGACGGCGACGUCCAGCAGCACCACCACAUCGAACGCAGCAUCGGCCCUGCGACCACAGGCCAGCAGCACACAGGUUCAGGAUAUCAACUCGCCGCUGAUACAGGAUAGUGGUUCUCAAACUUCCGUUGGGCGCGAUUCUAUAGAAGAAACGGUUGAGCAAAUUGAGGAUGGUGAUAACAAGGUGCUGAAACUCCGCUUCGAUGUUAGCCAGUACGCCCCGGAGGAAAUUGUAGUCAAGACAGUGGACAACAAGCUGCUGGUCCACGCCAAGCACGAGGAAAAGUCCGAGUCCAAGUCCGUCUACAGGGAGUACAACCGCGAGUUCCUGCUUCCGAAGGGCUGCAACCCGGAACUGAUCAAGUCCUCCCUGAGCAAGGACGGUGUCCUAACGGUGGACGCCCCGCUGCCCCUGCAGGCUCUGACCGCUGGCGAAACCAUGAUUCCAGUUGCCCACCACUAGAACCGCGAAUCCAUUUUGUUUAGUACAUUAGUUCCAUAUCCAAUCUGGAUCAGACACAUUACUCGAGGACGCAAGAGCACGUGGUUGUAACACACAACACAACAGUUUCAUCAAGCCAUAUUUUUUACCAGCCGAUAACCAACUGAUUACAUACAUCACCAGUGAAAGUUCUAGGAAUUAUACAGAGAUAUAUUAGUAUCAAAGAAAUUUGCGUGCUUUUCUAAGAUAUUUGUUUCGAUAUUAGAUCUUUGACCAGCAAUGUGUGUGGAUAUUUAGUAAGCUAUGGAGAUAACUCAUGCAAUUAAGAAAAAUAAUCAGAUUCAACUGGAAUAUCGCAAGGUUUCCAAAUAAUCAACUCAUUCAUCACUUGAUGCGAAAGCGGUAGAUAUUUUAAACUUGUGAUAACCCUCUAAGAGAAAAAUCAUCUGGAGACGUCGCGCACAGAACUACUUAAUAAUCUUCCCGAUUGUUAACAAACCCUCAUUAAACAUCAUCGAACAGUACUACGAGGUAUGCUCUAUCGUACCACAAUCUACUCAUGAACCAGUAACAUUAUUGUGAAACGAGGCCUUUAUGAUUUUCUGGGAUAAUUUACCGACUUUUUACAACACUCACCCAACUCUUCUAACCGAGUAGAAUUUCUAGUGCUGAAACAAAAAAAAACAGAAACAGUUAUACAACGAUACACUUUUAACUAGCGCAAGGAUAUUCAACUGCGAAGGCUUUCGAAGAACCAUUUUGAGAAGAGGCCAUUAGAAGCAAGAAACAAGACGAGUCGACGACCACUAUUUUAUUAUAUUGCUACUACCACAGCAUGCAACAAUCGUUUGUGUAUUUGUGCUUUAUUUAUUUAAUAUAACGUAAAAUCUGAGAACGGUUUUAAGGAAUUAAAUCAGAACUUGACUAGGA